AUGCCCCAGAUUGAGAUCGAGAGGAGCACUAAUGGUCAUACUGAUAACAUUCUGAGCACCUCUGCAUUGCCAUGGAUGUGGGACAAUAACUUCUUCUCAACUGAUCCUGCGCCGGACUUCGACGAUGAUAUUCUGAUGGAUCUAGAUCUGGAUUGGACUUCGUUUGUUCAGCUUGAUUACGAUCUCAAUUGCAAUGACCCUCAUGUCGGCUCUCCACGGUACACCAGGGGACCAGAUGACUCGAACAGUGGGUUUCGACCUCGUGGACCCUCGGUCAGGGAAUUCUUCAGCCAAUCCCUUUGGCUGUGGGACCCUGAUGCUCGUGAUUCAGCAUCCACGGAAGAAACACCGCAUCUGUCAGAGGCCGACGAACGUGUCAUUCUAUCUACAGUGCAUGUCAACAACGCAUCCACCGAUAAGGGAACCGGUUUGUCGCCGUGGUCUGCAGGGUUCUCCUGCAGAAGCGAUACUCGAGACGCUCUCCUCCUCAUGGUCCAGAGUAACUCUGCCAGAACGUCUGCAGUGCGAUGCUUUCCCUCUGCGGAGGUCCUUAACUUUCUGUUGAAAGCAUUUGCUUUUCAGGAAGCUUUAUCCCGUUGCUCGUUGCUUCAUCUCCCUUCUUUCAAGGGAGAUAGUUGCAAAAUCGAACUCCUUAGUGGGUUGAUCAUCGCUGGAUCUACCAGCUUUUCCAAUCCCCAGAUCUGGAAGCUCGGCCUGGCGCUUCAAGACCCCACUCGAAUAGCUCUCUACAAAGUAUUGGACCGCCAGGCCCUGACCUGGCAAAACAUGGAGCUGUUGCAGGCUCAGAUCCUUUGGAUUGAAGCUGGAUUAUGGAGUGGUGUUCGCUGCAACAUGGAAGUUGCUGAAUCGGCCGCAAAUAGUAUCCCCACCAUGAUCCGGAGAACUGGAGUUUAUAAUCUGAUGAGUCUUGAAAACACUUGGGUUCCUUUGCCUCAGGAUGAUGACAACACCUUGAAGUCAAAGUGGGCGAAAUGGACACAGCUUGAAUCUUUCCGCAGAUGCGUAAUCAGAGCCUUCAUCAACGAUAUACAAGCUUCGGCGGCCUAUGCACGGAGCCCGCGCUUCUACAGCACCGAGAUUAUGUUCGGUCUGCCUUCUGCACACGACCUGUGGAAUGCGCCCGACCAUCUGACCUGGACAACCGCACUCCUAGCUAAACGCACGGGCACGGAACAGUUCAAGCUUACACUGAGAGAUAUCUUUCAAGACCCUUCCACCCUGCGUUCUCUGUCGCGUGAAUAUGAUCGUGAGCUUUGUGCCUUUUCAGCAUUACAUUGUCUCUGGCCGCAGAUCGUCGCACUGCAGGAUUCCAAAUCCUUGCAUCGCGGUCAUCGAUCUAACAAAAGGCCUUCUCAGAACAGCCUGUGGCUGGAAGCACAACGGCAAGACCUAUAUCAGAGGCUUGCCGACAUAAGAGACACUUCGAGUGUCAUGGGGAUUCUCACAUGCGAAGCACGGGUAGUCUGUGAGAUUUUCAUGAUGGCUCUCUACGUUUCGUUUGUCGACAUUGAAAAGCUCGUUGGCCGAUUCGGCCUCGACGAGUCUCGGUUAACAACCCCGAACUUACGGACAUGGUCAGACAGCGAUGAGCCAUGGCAUGCCAUGUGGCAUGCAGGUCAAGUGUUGAAGGCCGCGCAGGACAUGAAACCCUCCCAACUCCGGGGCUUUUAUGCGGUUGCCGUGUACCAAGCAUGUAUUGUAUUGGCACUACCGUUUAUGCUUGAAGCAAUCAGCAAAACUUCCAGGAGACAAAGUCCGGAACCCCAGAACGACGCACAAGCAGGUUGCGAACAGCACACGCAUAAUCGACAAGAGAUACCUAGGCCUAGAGAGGAAACUAACCUUGUUGUCUUGAACGGGGAAGAAAAUAUGCAGGUCAGAAUGUACCUAUUGAAUGGACACGGGAGACCGAGUCUCAUUCUCGGGAAUGAAGUUACGCCGCUAUCCGACAUCAGCGUGGUUCCACUUAUCAUUUCCAAGAUUCUCGAAAGCAACCAUGGAACUGGUGCUGAUCGUCUUCCGCCCAUGUCCGAGAAGCUGGUGGCACUUGUGAAAGAACUGACCAAGCUCACUGGGCAUUGA